AUGGAUUCUGUUCCAAUAAUUGAUGUCACUUCACUAGUGUGCAAUGAAAAGGAUUUAGUCCAACAAGAAGAAACAGCAAAACAAAUUCAUAAUGCUUGCCAAGAAUGGGGUUUUUUCUAUAUCAAAAGUCAUGGAAUAUCACAACAAUUACAAGAGAAAUUACAAAAACAAAGCAAAAUAUUUUUCGCUCAACCUGUGGACGAAAAAAUGAAAAUUUCGAUGACAAAUGGUGGUCGAGCAUGGAGAGGCUAUUUUCCUGUUGGUGAUGAAUUAACAUCUGGAAAGCCUGAUCAGAAAGAAGGCAUUUAUUUAGGAACCGAAUUAUCGUCCGCACAUCCUAAAGUCGAAAGCGGUAUUCCGCUGCAUGGUAAAAAUCUAUUUCCUGAAAAUAUGCCAGAAUUUAAGAACACUAUAUUACAGUAUAUAAAUGAAAUGGAAAAAUUAGCACAUUCGUUAAUGAUGGGUGUUUCUUUAUCAUUAGGUUUGGAGGCUGAUUUUUUCGAGAAAAACUAUUUAAAAGAGCCAACAUGCUUAUUUCGUAUAUUUAAUUAUCCAGCUAAUAAAAACACAAACAGAUCGGAAGAAACAUGGGGCGUUGGUGAACAUACAGAUUAUGGUCUCUUGACCAUUUUAUUGCAAGAUAACACUGGUGGACUAGAAGUAAAAAGUAAAUCGUAUGGCUGGGUGAAAGCACCGCCAAUUCCCGAUACAUUCGUAUGCAAUAUUGGCGACAUGUUAGAUCGCAUGACGGGUGGCUUUUAUCGUUCAACUCCACAUCGUGUAAAAAAUAUUACAAAUUCAGAUCGUUUAUCAUUUCCGUUCUUCUUUGAUCCCAGUUGGGAUAGUAAUAUAAAAGUAUUGCCACUUCCGUCUUCCGAACCUGACACAAAUGAAAGAUGGGAUCGCUUGAAUGUAUACAAGUUUAAUGGAACAUACGGCGAUUAUAUCAUGAAAAAGGUUUCCAAAGUAUUUCCCGAUCUGGCAGUUAAACAAGCUGUUGUCGUACAAUAG